GGUGAAUGGGCCACAACAACCUUCAGAAGCGUUUGGGGACAUUUUAAAAAAAAAAAAGGCGCUCUCGGAGUUUCAGGAUGAACACGACCCUGAGGCACUGGAAGGAGGCGGCCACGCUCAUCUUAGCCGCAGGCCGCAGGCUCGCUCCGGCCGGUUUGACGUCCAGGACUCCGGAGGCUCCAGGCUCCCCGCUGGCCAGCAGCUGUGGACGGUCCCACCUGCCGCACAAGUCCGCCUUCGACUACGACGUGUUGCUGCUGAAGCGAAGCAGUAAAAGCGGAUUCAUGCCCAACGCGUACGUGUUUCCCGGCGGUAAGGUGGACCCCUCGGACUUCUCCAGUGAAUGGCUCGACAUCUUCAAGUCCUUCAGGGACUCUCCCAGGUUCGGUCUGGGAAGCGUCACCCAACCGGCGGAGAGCAGACCCCCGAUGUUCGCCACGGACCGCCUGCACCUGGGCUCUCCUGUCCCGGGGGAGGUGGCCUUCAGGAUCUGCGCCCUGAGGGAGACGUUUGAGGAGUGCGGGGUGCUGCUGGCUGUGUCCAAACAGGAAGCGAAAGGCGCAUUACUAAAAGGCAAAGAGGCCACAUGUGCAGUGAGCGGGUUGUGCAGCAGCGAACUGAGCAGGUGGAGGACUCUGGUGUUGCAAGACUCCUCCAACUUCCUCAGGAUGUGCAGGGAGCUGCAGCUGCUGCCCAACAUAUGGGCUUUGCACGAAUGGAGCAACUGGCUGACCCCUGUGGCCGGAUACAGCGCCGCGAGGUUCGACACAGCUUUCUUCAUCUGCUGCCUGAACGAGACCCCACAGACCCUGCAGGACGAGAGGGAGAUCGUGCGCUGCCAGUGGUCCACACCCUCAGAGGUCCUGCAGAGCUACCAGGCACAGGAGUAUUGGAUCGCCCCCCCACAGUUCUACGAGCUGAGCCGCAUGUGUCGCUUCCCCUCGCUGAACGACCUCCACAACUUUUCCAGCCAACGUGCCACUGAGGGCUGCGAGCAUUGGCUGCCCGUAGUCGUCCUAGAAGAUAAACACCACAUAUCUGUGCUUCCAGGUGACAAACUUUACCCGUCGACCACUUCAGGAGAGACUCAGGCGGAAACAAGCACGGACCCUCAGCUGGAGGAACCUCAGAACAAUACUGCACUGCACCGUAUGGUGAUAUUGAAUCCAUAUUCUACAAAUCUACAGAUCAACAUCAAACCCAAGUACAACCACCUGCUGCCAGUCAUCAUGCCAACCUCGGCUCAUGACCCUCAAAGUCAGCUUUGACUUGUGCUGAAGCCCCUCUGUGCACAGUAUAAUGACAAGAAGCUUAAUGAAACAAAACAGGUUUAAUAUUUUUAUUGUUACGCUUUUUCAUUUACACUAUCAACCUCAAGUGUUCCUUAUUAUUGCGUUAAAUUGUAAUUUAAUCUGGUUCUGUUGGUUUCUCCAUGUCAUUGAUAAACCCGAAAAAACCUGUAUGUCUUUCAUUCAUCUGGUUUCACUGACUUGACCUGUAUUUCGGGCCUCGUUAUCAGAAGACCUUAAUAGAAUAUGAGAAGAAUUGACAACUCGAUUGAUAACUGAUUUUGGUGCCACAGCAAAGGUGAGGAGAGAAGAGAAGUAUUACAUGUGCAAUGAAGAAAUUCCCUUUGAAAUGUUAAUCUAUUAGUGUCAAUCUGGUCAUGAUUAAAGUAUCUUUGUUUCAUUAAAACCAAGCAAUAACAUGUAGGCUGUAUUUAUCAAGUAGGAUAAACGGUCUCUGUGGGAAGUGUGGAACAGUCUAAUGAUUCCACUGAUCGAUAAAACGAUCUAUUGCCAUUUUUUAUUAUUUAUAUGUCAGGAUGGUUAAGGAUUGACGGCUCUGGAGAGGGAGAGAAGUUCCAGGUUCUCUGAUGCUCCUGCACCGAGAGCCUGACGGGGCCGGGAGGAGAAAUAUAAAGAAACAGAUUUACAUAGUUUAUAUGCUUGUGCUUAUGUGCCUUACUGUUCACAGGACCUCUAAUCUCUUAAAAGAUUCUACCCAGAUACUGAUGGGUUGGUUCUUUAGAAAAUGUUUUUGUUUGAUUAAAGGAGCUAAAACGUGA